UGUUCAUACCCAGCAUGGCGAACGCAUCAACAAAACGCAUCGCCGCAGCCAACGAAAGGCUGCUCAAGGCGCUCCCCAAGAACUUCUACAUGAUCAAUGUCCUCGCAGUGCUUGUUCGCAUCAUGAAGUGGAAGGUGUACGGGCGCCAGCUCUUGCCUGGCGGCUUCGUGGGCUUUCUCCACGGCCUGGGGUUUGUCGCCUCGAUAUUUAUCUGGCGCUGGUUCGUUGAAAUUGGCACACCGACGCGCAACGCCAAGGGCGACCUCCGAGUCCCCCAGGACCUGGGGGCAGGCGGCGUGAUCGAGGUGGCCUGGGAUGUCAUCUACAUCACCUGGAUCUGCACACUCGGCGGCGCGCUACUCGGCAACUGGGUGUGGUGGCUGUCCGCCCUCGUCCCCUGCUUCGUUGGUUCAAAGCUCUUCGGCGUCGCCAAGCCCUUCCUCGGCAUGUUCCUCCCGGGCUUGUUCGGCCCCAAGGCGCCUAAGGAGGAGGCGCCCGUUGCUGCGGGGGGACAGCCAGGCGAGUCGCGCAAGCAGGCCAAGCUGCGCGCCCGCGCCGAGAAGGGCGACAGGCGCGUGCAGUCCGUGCGGCGCUAACUCUGACUCUCGUUAUCUUGCAUAGAUGAAUCUAGUAAUACAGUGCAUUUGCGUGUAGAAGGG